GUGGGAUAGACCUUCUACCAAUAUGUCAAAAUAAGAGAUCUAGAUGGUGAGGAAAACUUGGUGAAAACUCACAAAGAAACUGUGAAAGGGGAAGAGGUGCAAAGCCAGCCGCUCUCCUGAAUCACAGGAGCCAUUCUUCCUGCUCCUCCUCCCCCCUCCCUCCCUCUCCUCUGCUUUCUCUGUCCUUAUCUCUCUGCUCUCUUUGUCCUCAUCUCUCUGUCUCUGUCUGUCUCUCUCUCUCUCUCUCUCUCUCACACACACACACACACACACACACACACACACACACACUUCUCUUAAGGGAAGAAGAGCUCUGUGUUCUCUUUAAAUCCCUCAGGUCCUACAUUUUAUUGCUCUAACAGUCUGCCUCCCUGAGGUUCCUGCCCAGACCAGCUAUUUCCUUCGGUAGAGAAGCUGUUGGUUCACUCUCGCCUGGCUUGGAAGCGUCUGGGGGGCAGGUCUCACAGCCCCAUCUCUCGCCCCCACCUCCUCUCCCCGGUCCUGGCGGGCGGGGGACAAGGCAGACAAAGGUCCAUUUGUAACCUCCUUCCAGCACCUCCUCUCUUCUCCUUUUGCCCAAACUCACCCAGCGAGUUGGAGCAUUUCAGAAGAUUCCUCUGUCAAGAAGACCAAAGGAAAGGAGAAGAAAAAGGGGCCAAAAGCCAAAAUGAAAUUUAUAGUACUUGCUGUCACCGUUGGACUAACUUUGCUGCUAGGAGUCCAAGCCAUGCCUGCAAAUCGCCUCUCUUGCUAUAGAAAGAUACUGAAAGAUCGCGACUGUCACAAUCUUCCAGAAGGAGUAGCUGACCUGACAAAGAUUGAUGUAAACGUCCAGGAUCACUUCUGGGAUGGGAAGGGAUGUGAGAUGAUCUGUUACUGCAACUUCAGUGAAUUGCUCUGCUGCCCAAAAGAUGUCUUCUUUGGACCAAAGAUCUCUUUCGUGAUUCCUUGCAACAAUCACUGAGAAUCAUCCUGUAUUCCAGACAACACCAUUCUUAAUUCCCCACAAACCACACUACAACAGUGUAGCUGUAUUUCUGGUUUCUAUGCAGUGCAAUAAAGCACAGAUUCUAUAAAUUCUUA